AUGAACCUCACGUCCCCAACGCUAUACGGGAUCUACUCGCCCACUGCUUUUGAGGGCGUGCGAGAUGGGUCGGGCACGCCCUGGGACACGGGUGCACAAACGCCGAAUUUGCAGAACCUGUCGCCUUCGCAGAGGGAGGCGUUUUUCUCGCCUGGUGGAAAGGGAAUCUCGGAACAGAGUGUGCUGCAGGCGCAUGCUGUGAAGAGGCACGGGUUCAGAGGUUAUGUGCUUCCGCUCGUGCGGAAGAGCGUCUUUCUGUUUUUGUUUGGAAUGGCGUAUGGAGGGAUCAUCACGCAUCUACACGGGCACCCAAAGGUGGCAGGGCGGGUUCCGGUCAACAUGGACAAUAUUGAUCUUGACCAGAGGUCGCUGGGGUAUCUGGGGCUCUGGGGGCUGGCAGGUGUUGCGCUGGGGAGCUUACAGCCAUGGUUUGACCUCUUCUGGGGAGAUAACUUGAUCGUCGGCCGAAGUCAAGCCACAGAGAGGAGGAGCAAAGGGAGCGGGCUCUUGGAAUGGAGCCCGAUGGUGAGGAGCAUCGGGGCAUUUGUCGGGAUUGCCUUUGCCAUUAGGAAACUGCCCUGGCAAUCUACGCUUCAGGUGUCUCUCACUCUCGCCCUUGUGAACCCUGUCCUCUGGUAUCUUAUCGAUCGGUCCAAACCAGGCUUCGUACUGUCUACUGUGGUUGGAUUGACCGGUAUGCUCGCCCUGCUUGGGAUCAACCCUACCAUUGUGCCGUCCCCAGCGACCGCCCAACCUUCCUCGUCGUCUGCCGCCGUGUCUCCAGGGACGUUGCUGAAUAGCUCUACGCUCCUGCAGACCGCAAAGGUCAUCGGAGUGACCCAGGAAAGCCUUGCGGUUGGAACGUGGAUUGCGAGCGUGCUCUUCUGCAGCUGCGUGUGCUUUGGUAAUAUUGGGAGGCGGCUAGCGGACUGA